AUGGGCAACUAUGGGAGCGCCGCUGCCCGCACAGCUGACCCCAAAUCAGACUCAAUGCACUCGUUUAACGUCCCUCGCUCGAGCCAAACAGACGCCGGCAACCCCGCAGUGUCUUGUCUUGAUGAUUCCGCCGAAGGGAUUGUGGCACAGCGCGCCUUCAAACCAGCCCCAGCAUCGAUCGAUAAUGCCUUGAAAGAGAUAGAUUUCUUGGGUGAGCAGUGCCACACUGUUGCAGUUGGUAUUCUCUCGUAA